AUGUCCAAGUCAUUCACCACCGCCGAGGUCGCCAACCACAAGACCGAGAAGGACAUGUGGCUCAUCGUCGAGGACGGCGUCUACGACAUCACCGGUACGAUUCCCCUCCCCACCGAACGACAUCCCCCAGGCCAGCAGACAAGCCAGGCUAACUCGGCCGCAGCCUUCCAGGAGGAACACCCGGGCGGCGCAAAGAUCCUCAAGCGCUUCGCCGGCAAGAACGCCACCAAGGCCUUCUGGAAGUACCACAACGAGCACGUCCUCGAGAAGUACGGCGGCAAGCUCAAGAUUGGCACCGUCAAGGAGGCUGCCAAGCUGUGA